AUGGCAAUUAGAUCUGGAGGAAUGGGUACUGGCUUUCAGAAAAGGGUUGAAGCGAAAUCUGUGUCUGAUGAAAACUGCCUGUCAGAGGCGAGAAAGUUAGAAACUACUAAUUCGGUUCCAGAACAAAGAAUAGGAACUGCAUUCUCCAUAUCAAAUCUGAAUUCUAUCUUAACAAGACUGGGAUUGGAAAAGCAGGAAAUAGUUAAAGCAAUGGGGUUUGGAAUGUUGCUGAAAUUGUUACCACAAACCAAAUUCCCAAGACAACUUGCUUUCUGGGUACAGAGGAGAAUGGACCAUAGGACUGGACAAAUUGAAUUUAGCAAGGGAAGGAAACUGAUAGUUAAUGAGUACGAUGUGGAGCUUGUCCUUGGCAUUCCUAGGAAAGCUAGACCUGUAAACUUUAGCUUACAAAUCUCUGAAAUCGAGGUCUCAAGAAUAAAAAAAUUAUUGAUGUUGAAGAAUGAAGAUGAAAUAACGUUGGAAAAUGUAGAAGAUAUAGUAACACGUGACUAUGGAAGGAAAAUGAGCAUCAGAGAGAGAGAGAGAGGCAUUCAAGUCAUCAAGAAGAAUUCAGCAAUCAAUAUCCUUUGGAAACAAGACAGUGACAUUAGACGGGUGCUUGUUAUUCUCUGUGACAACAUCGACUUUGGGGACUUGACUCCAUCAAAAAAAUUGUUGCCCAGAUUUCUAGACUAUCCAUACCGUCUUCUGAAAACACUAGAGAAAGAGGAUAGGCAACAUGUGGCUGCAACGUUGAUGGCAGAAUAUGGUCGGCAUGAGCUCCUUGAAGAUGACAAAGUGAUUUAUAGCCGGGACAAGUUUUUUAGGAACAACAAAAGAACAGAAAACGAAAAGGAGUUAAGGACAAAAGAUGAUAUAUACAGUGCAAGCAAAAGAGAAGAAGUGAAAUUUAUAUUGGACAGGGCAAUAAAAGUGAAGAAUAUCACUGAUGAUACACAUUCGGCGCUGCUGGAAUAUUCCAGAAUCAUGUAUGAAGAUGGAAAUGAACAACAAGGAUGUUCUAAGAUGGUUGGAGCCUCUGCAAAUUCACGAUUUAAAGAUCAAGGAAACACAAGCACAACUAAUAUAGUAAUGAAAGGGAAAACAGCUGAGCCAAAUGAAGGUGGAAUCUCAUUGGGUAGAGAACUGCCGUCAACUGAGAGAACAAUAAUAAGCAGUGGAUUGAAACGUGGAGUUCUACAAAAAUUAGAACAGAUGGGAUUAUCAACAAAUGCAACAGAGAAGGAUGAAUGCGAACAUACCGAUGAGACUGUUCCUGAAGAGCUGGACUGCCCAACGCCAUUGCUCAUAGUAACAUCAGCAGUAGAACAAGGAAUUAUAUGCCUUCGAGAUGAUGACCCAGAAAAAACUGAUGCUAAUAGUAUAAUUGUCAACGACAUGAAAGUGGUAAUACAGUAUAUAAACAGAAAUUCAAGAUUCGGAGUGUCUCCGUUUGCAAUAGGGAUGACACACCCAGAUGCGCCAUUGGAAGCUCAACUGGCGUCACAAAUAGCACUAUGCCAUAUGAAUGAUGAAGACACAGCAAGCGUGUGGUACAUGCAUAUGUUCCCAAACAAAAUACAAAUUGGAGGGGCAGUGAUGCAAGGGGUGUUCCAAGGCGAAAACGACUUUGUUCCUAAUAUUAUGGACGCAAUUGUUAGGUUGUACCAACAGAUGGAUAAUAAACUUUAUGAAAGAUGGGAUGAAAAGAGGUGGAGACAUUUCCUACCGACUGAUUUUGCGGUCAUGGCGCCAAUACUUGUGGAGUGGCAUUGGUGCCUUUAUAUAUGGGAUUUCGAGAGGAAGAAGGUAGUGGUGCUAGAUCCAAAAAACAUGAAACUAGGAAAUUCAGUAUUGGAGGAUAAUCACAAAGGCUACAUUUUGCUACUCAAUUCUGGUAUGAACGAGUGCUCGAGAAAUCUCACAAAUAGCAAUAACAACAACAUUGAUAAUUGGGAAACUGAAUACAUUGAUGUCAUCGGGCGAGAAGCUAACAGCAUCAACACUGGAUUGUAUACAAUCUUCUAUGCAAGAUACUUCGAUGGGGAAGUCAUGACAAGGGUGUUGACUAAGGAGGCCACACAACUGCAAAGGAUGAACCUAAUGUACCAGCUUCUGAAGAUGGAUGGCAACAUUGUCAAUCCACCUAAGGAAUGCAAUGUACCAUUGCGAAUAGAAUUGGGAAAAGGAAAAUACAACUUUUGCAGAAUGCUUUUGACGAAUUGGUGA